AUGACCGAUCCUAACGCAGCGAGGAAUGCGGUGAUAGAGAUAGAGAGUGAUCCCGAAGAGGACCAGCGGAUAAUCAACCAAUAUAGACAGACCCGUCUGGUGCCCGACCGGCGGCUGAACCGGCCCCGGGACGCCGCGAACCGAUUUGUAAGUGUCAGUGGCCGGGUGGCGGCGGCGGCUGGCGAGGGGGACGAUGAAGUGGAGAUCGUCAACGAGGUGUACCUGGAUGACGAGGGGCCGAUCGACAGCACAGCGGACUUCGUGGACUUGGACGAGCAGCAGGGGCCGUCGUCCAGUAUGGUGAUCAACCACGACGGCGGCGGGGACGACGACGUGGCGAUCAUCGAGGAGCGGACGACGCACCCGACGUUCCUGCUGAACCUGCCGAACGGGCAGACGCUGCGGAUAAGCGGAUCUGUGCACGACCGCCCGCUGCGGCGCUCAUUCGAGACGCAGCGGACGGCGCGCGCCAACAUGCUGCGGCGCGCGGCGCGCAGCGCGCAGCGCCUGUUCAUGAACGAGAACGAUGGCGAGCCGAGCGAGCGCGAGGCCAGCGACCGGGAGUACCUGCCGCAGUCGGUGCUGCGCCAGCGGCAGCAGGCGUUGAUGCAGGAGCGACUGCAGCGGCAGCGCGAGCACGCCAGGCAACAUGAGCAUAUCGCGGACCCCCAGGUAGACGCCCUGGCGCCGGAGCUGCGAAGCAUCUUCUACCAUGCGGAGACUCUGCACGAGGUGCGAACAAUGCUGAACGCCAGCGGGCUCGGCACAAGCGCCGCCGCGAUGCAGGACCUGCUCCAGCUUUACAUGCAGUUCCGCUCGCGCCAGAUCAACAACUGGGCGCGCCAGCGCGCACAGGAGUUCAGGCACGGCAGCGCGCGCGAGGCCGACCACGCGCAGGACGACUCCGCCUCGCGCGCGCGCCUGCGCAAUCCCGCGCUGAACGCGCAGCGCCGGAACUCCUUUACCAGCUAUGUCCUGGCGCGCUCGCUCGGCGGCUUCGGAGUGUGGCCGAACGACUUCUUCGGCGACGACGACGAGGUCACCCAGAACAUCAUCGACAUCAUCCAGGCGCGCGAGGAGCGCGACCUGGACAGCAGAAAGCGCAAGUACAUGGAGGACACCAAGUCCCAGCAGCAGGCCUUCGUCGCCCGCGCCCAGAGGCUGCCCGAGGGCUACUAUGCCUCCUUUGACCCCACACCCAAGAUGAAGAUGACGCUCGAGAAAAACGGCAAGACCGAAGAGGUCGUCGUCGCCGACGACCUCGCGGCCAAGUCCUACGUCGAGGUCCCCGUGUGCUGCCUCUGCGGCGUCGAGCUCGGCCUCGGCAUCCCCGACGACUUCGCCGGCAUUUCCGCCGUGGACCGCGGUGUCUCCUUCGAGAGCCUGGUCUCCAAGUACGACUUCCACUGCCCGUACCAGGCCCUCGCGCAUCCGUCUAUCGCCGACCGCGACCUCUCGCGCAAGACCUUCGUCGCCCACUGCGGCCACACCUUCUGCGGCCGCUGCUUCGCCCGCAUCAACAACGCCAAGCGCUUCUCCAAGAUCUCCAAAAAGCGCCUCGCAGAGCUGCACGGGCCCUCCCACCCCGACAACUACGGUCCCCGCGUCUGCCCGGCCGAGGGCUGCAGGGGCCAGUUGCGCACCCGCGGCAAGAUGCGCGAGGUCUUCUUCUAA